AUGUUGCUUGGUGCUAAGGGCUGUUGUAGUUACGUGGGUCUCUGCUUGAAUUGGCUUUUUUGCAGCCUGAAAAUGCACGAUGAAUCAACUAAACGACAGAAGGUUGAUGAUGAUGUCCAAGAGGGUGCUCUUCCUCCGUAUCUACUGGAUCGUUAUCAGACACAUCGUGCCAAGGUUCUCAGCAACACAAUCAAGCAAAAGAGGAAGGAAAAGGCUGGCAAAUGGGAUCUUAUCCGGAGUCGUCGCUCAUCAGGUCUUCAAGAGAAAUACCGCUGCCGGCUGCACUGUAAUUUUUUUAUCAGAACUCCGGCUCAUGCUAUCAUGCUUGAGCAAGAGCACUACCUUGGCCACUGCAAGGACCAUCCUAAAGAUGCAGAGUUUCUUAACUGCCCUAUUAGGUUCUACACUAAGAUGGAGGCUAUCUUUGCUAAUGCCAUGGCCACAGGCAAGUUUGCACUUGGGUCUGGUGAAGCCUUAGGGCAGAACCAGGCUGACAGUGUUGGUGCCAAGGCUGAUGGUCCUCCUUUGACCCACACCACAGUUCCCAGUGAACAGGGAGGGGACAGCAAGGCCACUGAACUGCUUCCUACCUCCUUAGCUGCUGGCCCAAAGAGGAAGAGAGGGAACUUCUCUGAGGAGGAGAUGCUCAUGUUGACUAACAUGUCAGAUGCUGUGAACAAUGUGGCCAAUGCUCUUAGGGAGACUGGACCUGCCCAUGUUGAUGCCAAUCUGUACCUUGCUGUGAUGGAGAUGCCUGGCUUCAGUGAGGAGGCACUUAUUGUUGCCUACACCUUCCUCCUGGACAACAAGGCCCAAGGCAGGGGCUUUGUGAACAUGAGUGAUGCCCACAGGGCCCUUUGGCUUAGGACCUUCCUAGCCAAAAACUACUAUGUGUAG